AUGGACCGACCGACCGGAGAUUUGACUACCGAACGUUUGGUGCUGCGACUCGUGGACCCAAAUAAUAGCGAACACUGCAGGCGCUUCAUUCGGGUGCUCAGCGACCCAAGUGCCGGACUCGGCGGCAAUGCGCAGGUCGGCAUCAAGACAGUCAAACACGUACAAGCCAAGCACAAGAGACAUAUGCCCAAGCAGGAGCUCUGCACGAAAGCACCAGCACCCCCCGGCAUGAUCCACCUCGUGUACCUGAAGCCUCCCGAAGGCAAGGAGGAGACAGAAGACGACCUCAUCGGCCUUGUCAGCGUCAGUUUUCGGUCGGAAAUGCCCUAUCCAGACCUUGGGUACGCGUUCUACCAGCCACACUGGGGUCGUGGCUACGCAUCCGAGGCCGGCCGUGCAGUCACGAGCUUCUGGCGGGACGAAGUUGGGGUGAAGGAGAUGUUUAUCGCCGCCAUGGACAACAAUGUCAAGUCGCAGAGGGUUGCUGAGAAAUGUGGCUUCGUCCGCGCUGGUGGGUUCGACGUUGUGUUCGGGAUCAGUGAGAAUCAGAAAUGCUUCUCGGCUACUGCUUACGUACUCCCGGGUAUGGAAUGGUGUGAAUGGAAAGCAGACGGAAGUCGGACGGCCAUCUACCCGACUGUUGGGACUGAUGAGAAGCUGGAGGAGAUCGGUGACAUUGCUGUACCCUAG